GUAGCAAACAUCCGGAAGGGUACCUGUAUACCAGUGGCGUCGGAUAACGUGUUGGUAUACAGUAUCAUUUCCACGGUCCACGUCGGACCUCAACAUCAGUAUUUCCAUUGAACAUCGACUUGAUGCCAAGUUUGUAGGACGGGGAAUUUGUGUUGACCAAUAUCAGAUGUCGGAGAGGCAUCUAAAGUAGGACACCCAUAACAAAAUCAUCUCAAACCCUGCUUGUGAUUUUCUAAAGUGGAAAUGGCGGAUUCAAGCAAAGGAAAUGCAUUCGAGGACGUCAAGAUGUCAAGCCUAUCAUCAGAGGUAUUGAGCUUGAGGACAUCUAUGAUCCUAACCGUGACCCUAAAGUUUUCCGUCAGCCCGAGGAUGGCGAUACGAGCACCAUCGGAGAAGCUCGGAAGAAGAAAUCGAGAGCUAAAACCUUGCUUAAGGCCUUCAUUCUGGUAACAGUCGUCGUCCUCAUCUUGAUCGCGAUGAUCUGCCUCGUCAUCUUUGUUGGUCCACAAGUAAAAGGAGCGACAACAAAGGCACCAACACGAGCGACGCCAACAGCUACCAUGGAUCCAACUGUCGUUCCUGGAGUAGUCGUUGGUGAUGUGGAUAUUGAAUUGUCUGCUACGCUAAACGGAGUUACAUUCAUUCCAGCGUACAAUGACCAGUCAUCGCCAGAAUUCAUGGCUUUUGCUAGCAACGCAGAAACUCAGAUGAUGAAUGGGUUACAGAAUAAUGAUCAGCUUGGUGGAUUUGUGACAAAUGUAACUGUGACUGGAUUGAGUCAAGGGAGUGUCGUUGUAGAUGCAAUGAUCAUGGUCUCAGGUGGUAAUAUUGCAAUGUCUUUAUUUACGGGUAAUCCAAACACUACAUCAGCUACAGACCUUCAACUGAUAUUAGCUAACCAGGUGUCUGCUGCCACCAACGAAGCUGUCAUGACAUCUCUUUCCAAUAAUGCUGUACUUGGAUCUUCAGAUGUAACCGUUGAAGUCCAAAGUGUGGGUGUUCCGAUAAAUGUCAAUGGCGUGUCUCUACCAAAAGAUGUGAAGCCAGGACCGCCUUGUGAAGAAGGAUUGUUUCGCUGCAAUGACGGUACAUGCUUCGAUGAAUCGCUUAGGUGUAAUUACAUCGAUGAAUGUGAAAUGGGGGAGGAUGAGCUUAACUGUGGGGAUUGUACUGUGCAUGAGUUUGAGUGUCCUGGUCGUCAGUGCAUCCCAAAGACCUUCAGAUGUAACUUCUUUAGUGACUGUUUGUUGGGUGUUGAUGACGAGCUCAACUGUGGAACGCCACAAAAUACAGAAUAUAUCUUCUUAAACGGAAACACCACAAUGUUGAUGUCGCCGAAUUUCCCUGAUGACUACCCGACGAACACAUACACAGUGACCCAUGUUUCAACGGUUCCAGGGAAGGUGAUUAACGUGACGUUCAACACACUUGAGCUCAGCCUCUUGUCAUACCUCACCUUUGGCAACGGCACAGAUACGCAUGACUUCGGUCAGAUCUUGGAGGUCUACACACACAAGACGUCAUUCCCAUCGAGUAUCCUAUCAAGCGGUCACGAGCUCUUCAUAGAGUUCUUUUCGAACAUCCACGUGGGCACACAAGGAUAUGAUAUCACCCUUGAGGCAGUCGACCAGCCACCUGAUGGGACAUUCCUUCCGUGCGCUGAUGAUCAGUUCCAAUGUGAGGGUGAUGGGAAAUGCAUACCAUUAAGCUUUCGUUGUGAUAUGUUCCAAGAUUGCGGAGAUAACAGCGAUGAAAGCAACUGUGAAGAGCAAUUAUGUGGGCCUGACCAAUUUCUGUGUGAACUUAGUGGCGAUUGUAUACGACAGGUUUGGGUAUGCGACGGUUCUUCUGACUGUCUUUAUCGAGAAGAUGAAGAAGACUGUGACAUGACUUUUGCACCAUGUGAUGAAGAUCAGUUCCAGUGUCCUAGUGAUGGGGAAUGCAUUCCUGCCAGAUCGGUAUGUGAUCUCAUCAAUGAUUGUGGAUUCGGUGGCGAUGAACUCAACUGCCAACCCCAAGGAGGUACUUGUCAUCCUGAUCAGUUCACAUGUAACGAUGGACAGUGCAUCCCUGGGCCUCACCAAUGUGACGCCUUUACUGACUGUUCGGAUGGAAGCGAUGAAGCAGGAUGUCCUUUCCAAUGCCAAUCUAGCUUCCAAUUUGCCUGUUACAAUAGCUCACAGUGUGUCUCCCAGCCUCAAGUCUGUAACUACAUACCUGACUGUGCCAUGGGCGAAGACGAGGUCGACUGCGGUCCAUGCGAUGAUGGUUUCUUGACUUGUUCAAAUGGGGCCUGUGUACCAGAGUACUGGAAGUGUGACGGAUUUUAUGACUGCGUUGACGGUGGUGACGAAGUCGACUGCGGUACCGUCGGAACUAUCUAUAACCUCAAUUUAGGCCAGAACGAAGUACAGGAAAUCACUUCCCCAGGUUACCCAAUGCGUUAUGAAGCUGGCUGCUAUGUCGGGUGGCAAGUCAAUGUUCCUUCUGGACUUUACGUCCGCUUGCUAUUCCUGACAUUUGACAUUACCAUUUUUUCCUUUGUAACCAUGGGAACCGGCCUUGACCACAGUGAUCAGGACACACUGGUGUCCAACUACCACUUUCGCCAUGUUCCAAGACAACGUGUCAUCCCUAGCAACCAGACAUGGAUUGAAUUUCACUGCGGACCUUUCGGUGGACAAGGUUUCCGGAUCGAGGUUUCGGCAAUCAAUCCAGACAACUACAUCCACCCAACAUGCAGGAGCGACCAGUAUCAGUGCAUGGAUGAUUAUUGUAUAGAGACCUUUGACCUUUGCAACGGAGCAAAGGACUGCUUGGGAGGGGAAGACGAGGAUCAUAACUGUACUACUUUUGACCACAACGAAUGUGGCACACAUGAGAACGAGUUCUUCUGCGAAGCUGGCAACUUCUGCAUCCAUGCGGAUUUCAGGUGUGAUAGUUUCGUUGAUUGCCCCUUCGGAACUGAUGAACUUGACUGCGAAUGCAGCGAUGGUGAAUAUGAAUGCCCUGGUAAGCAGUGUAUCCCUGGAGCGUUUUACUGUAAUGAUUUUGUGGAUUGUUUGCAAGGAAACGACGAUGAAUUGAAUUGUGCCAAUCCAAAUAAUACGAUGACAUAUGAUCUUACUGACCCAAUGAACAUAUCGUCUCCCAACUAUCCCAAUGACUACCCGGUGCAUGAUUACACAGUGACCUACAUCACCGUACCCGAAGGCUUGUUAGUCCGGGCACGAAUAUUAGACUUCGAUCUCAGCCACUCGUCGUUUUUACUCUUCACGAACGGUCAUGAUACCGAAUCGGAGGCCUCCGAUUUCAUCAGAUCGUUCACCUUUGAUUCAGAAGUUAUCCCGGGAGAGACAGAGGUGCUUUCAGAGGGCAGCAACACGAUGGCUAUUGAAUUCCACUCAAAUUACUUCAGUCAAUCCCGUGGUUUCCUCAUUGAGCUGUCAGCUGUGGAAGAACCAACAUGCGGCAGUGAUGAGUUUACAUGUGAGCUUGGUGGGUGCGUCUCUUACAACCUCACAUGUAAUUAUUUCCGUAAUUGCCCGGUGACUGGUGAUGACUCGGAUGAAAGGAUUUGUACUGCGCCGGAAGGAGGUGAAUGUGGUCCAAGGCUGUUCACCUGCAACGAUGGCGAGUGUUUCACUUACCAAUAUAGGUGUGACUUAUGGCCUGACUGUUCAGGAGGAGAGGAUGAAGUGGACUGCAGUCCGUAAUUCAUCAGUCGAAUCGACCUGGGGGUCAAUGCUGACAAGAAGCUAAUGAAUCUUGUUCCCUGCAUUACUGAGAUAUCCCCUCCUCCCCCCCCCCCCCCCCAGCAAAAAAAACUUGUAAUAGUAAUUAAUGAGGAGGCAAAAAGUAAAAAUCGUCAUGAUUUCUUUAUCAAUAACAUUUCAAUUUGGUUUUUAAGGAAUACAUUCACCACGCUUAUAAUUGAAAGCUCUAGAAAACUUGACUCACUUUAUUCUUUAAUGUAUUCAAGAAAUUCAGCUUAGUAUACACUUACAGGUAUUGAUUUUUUUUUGUGUAGAUAGUACUCAUAAGUUUCUGAUGUUGUUGAGAGAAGGGAGUUUUAUAUUUGUGUAUAGUUUGGGCUUUUUUAUUAGGCCUUAGCAUGUUUACGCAUUUUGAACUACAAGAUGUACAGCUGUAGCGUUCAAAGCCCCACAGACUAUAAGAAUUAAGAUUGUAAGUUGGAUUCAAAAUGAAAUGUGCCUUCUCCUAAAUGGAAACACUACUAUUAUGAGACAGAUAUGUUUUCAUCUCGAGGCAAAAAUAUCGGCAUAAUUAGAGGUAAAGUGAAGUUUAAAAGAAGUGUUUUGGUUUUGAUUGUUGAUACUUUCAUCUCUAUUUGAUUUCAUUGUAAGGUCAUGCAAGCUGUAUUAAGGGAAGUCUUUUUUUUCAUUAAAAGAGUGGAGUAUGCAUCUUUCCAUUUCAUCAGGGCCCUGUUUCAUAACACUUGAUAUCAAUAACAAGUUACAAGCUACUGUUAUAAGCUACUGAAAUCAUGGCAUCUGAUUGGCUUAGAGCAAACUUGAUAUCAAUAACAAGUUACAAGCUACUAUUAUAAGCUACUGAAAUCAUGGCAUCUGAUUGGCUGAGAGCAAAUUUGUCAUAGAAAUUUAGCAUUUGUUAUAGCUAACAAGUUUUAUGAAACGGGCCCCUGGUGUGUUUGUAUUUUGAAUUUUGGGGGUCCAGACUUCAAUUUGGGGCGCCCACGUCAUGUGCCCAGGGCACCUGUUAUUGUAAAGCCUUGCCUUAACCCUUUCAGUGGCUUGGCUCACUACAUUUUGAUUCAGAACCCUGACAAAUAUAUAUCAUAUGCCUGAGUAGAAAGAGCAAAGAUUUCUGCAUACACUGCAUCCAUUGUUUGGCACGACUAUAUUGCGUUUGAUGCCAGAAAUUUUAGAUAUGAAAGUAAUCUUUAAAAUCCUCAAACUGAAGACAAUUUGAAAGGUUCUGAAACCUUAUUUUUCUCUCUUAUCCUCAAGCGAGGUUUUUAUUUCCAUAAUAGUAAUAAAAAUAUGUACAUUAAUAACUCAAUGAUUGAGUAAAACAUAACAUAGGCUAAAAAUUAAAGUAUAUUCAACAAUUCUUCCAGCUUAGUAUUAUUUUCUUUGCUAACACAUUCAUAUCUUAAAAAUAAUCUUAGCAACGACUUGAAUUAAAAAAACAAAGUAUGUGGGUAGUAAACAGAACCAUUAACAAUCUUCUUAACGUAACAUUUAUAAAUUGCAUAUUGCGUAUAAUUUAAAAUAAUAUUCAGAAGUGAAUAUUUCUUGUUUCCAAUAUCCUUACCUACAACUAUUAUCUUCUGGUCUAUUUGUAUUUCUAUUUGGUAUAGAUUAAAUAUAAUAUUACAUAUUAUUUCCCAAAACAAAGUCACAUCCUUGCAAUAUAACAUAAAAUGAAAAGUUGAGUCAACUUAUCCACAAGAGUUGCAUAAAUAAUUAUUAACAAUUUGCCAUUUAUAUAAGUUUUCUUUUGAGGCAAUAAACCUAUGAAUCAUCUUGAAUUUAAAUUGUUUAACUGCAUUAUUACGAAUUUGCUUUAAUUUAAAUAAAAAUACAUCCUUCCAAACAAAGUCAUUAUCCAAAUCUAAAAUGAGAUUCCAAAAGUAAAUGAUAUUUGGUUCUUUUGAGUUUUUACAUAUUAACAAACGAUAGUUAUCUUUCACUUUCAAUCAAAAUAGGCACUGUAUUCUAAACUUUUCGGCAAAGUCUGUACAAAUAAAUUUUAAUAUAGUUCUUAUAAACGUUAUAUUAUAUUAGAACAAUGUAUUUUAUAGUCAUUUAAUUGGUGAUGGGUGAUACCUUUGUUUAUCAUAAACAUUUUGAAAAAAUAAUAUGUACAUUUUAUUACAAAGCCUGUAUACCUGGGGUAUAGUCAAACCUGUCUAUAAAGACCACCCAAGGGAAUUGUAAUAAAAAAGGUAGCUACCAUAUGUAGCAUACUUCAGGCCAUUAUAGAUAGGCUCUUAACCCCAAGAUUACCCCCCAAAGAACUCAGUCUACGUAAACUGGAUUUGACUUCUGGUGAGCUUUAUUCUUUAGAAGUCGUAGUAACAAUUCAAUCUGUAUAACAUAAAUAACAGGAAUACAUAUAGACAUUUAGCACAUGUAAAUAAAUACUUGUGUAUUGCACUUAAA